AUGCUAUCAGUUGCAACUUCUUCUUUAUCCGCUUUGCCUUCAACUAUAAGGGAUUCCUUUUCUAGGAAUACCUCAGAUAGUGAACAAUCUAAAGAAGGAACAACCGAUUCUCCACAAAGUACAUUCCGUGAUAAAAUAGAUUUAGGUAAUACAAAGCUUGACGAGGCCAGUGUUAAUUCUUCACUUCCUACUCCUCCUUUAAGUAUCUCAAUAUCAACCCCAAAAGAAGAAAAACAACUAAAAUUUGAUGUGGACGCUGAGCCGUCUACAUUGUUGCGAGAAAACCUGACAGGAACAACAGAACCAACGACUGAUGUGGACAACACACAAGUCGUAUUUAAACCCUCUUUUUCACCUAGCGAUUCUGGAAGUUCCUUGAAAAUUGAACAUUUUGAUAAACCUGACGACGAACUCUCUUCUACUCCUAUAGUCGGUGAUAUUUCUUCUCAAAUACCUCCGGCUCAAAUUACUGUGAACGAUCAUAGUGAUUCAAAUAAUGAUUCAAGAAAGACAUUUCGUUUACCCACAAAAUCUACUUCAAAAUUAACAAAAAAGAAAAAUCGUCAAGGAGCUAACGAAAGUAUCUUAGAUGAUGGUUCAUUAGCUGAAUCUCCACCAGUAGUAGGUAGUUUUGCUCCUGCUACUCCAAGAAAAAAUGCGGAAUUUCAUUCUUUAUUCAGAAGUAAAGAAAUUCUUGUCCAGGGACGAUUAUAUGUUUCUGCAAAUCAUGUUUGUUUCUAUGCAAAUAUUUUUGGAUGGGUCACAAUUCUGGUAAUUGCAUUCUCGGAUAUCUUAUUAAUUGAGAAAAAGAUGACCGCAUUUGUUAUUCCUAAUGCUGUUUUAAUAUCUACACUGCACGCUAAACAUUUCUUUACAUCAUUCCUUUCAAGAGAUCCUGCCUACGAAUUAUUGUAUACGAUUUGGAAGCAGUCACAUCCGGCUCUCACCUUGACAGAAUCUGAAUAUGCCACGAGUCGUAAAGACUCUGAUGCUUCAGAAACAUCAGAGAAUAAUAAUUCUAUAACUAGUGAUGAUGAAGGAAAGUCACAAGGGGGUCUUCGUAAAAAGUUUGCUUUACCAAAAUUAACACUUGAUCCGAUGAGAUUAAUGCGUGGAGUUGCUUCGUCUUCGGACGAUGAUAAUGCGUUAAAUCAAGAAAAAUUGGAUAGUGAAAUUCAAUCCUUACCCCCUUCACCAAAAGUUCUUGAUUUUGAUAAUUCUAGCGCGGCCAAAGAACAAAGGAAACGUCGUACUAGAUCAAAGUCUGAUGCUGAGUUAAAAUUACCUGACACAAAUGGUUCUGAUUCUAAACAUUCAGGAAAAGUUCGUUCACCAUCUCGAAAUCAGUCUCGCCAUAUAGCCAGCAAUAGUGUUAAAAGACGUCGACCCACUCAAUGUGAUUGUUUAAAAAAGGGUCAACAUUAUGAUAAUGUGUCAUUGGAUACAAAACUUAACGGUGGCGUGGAAAUAAUCUUUAACUUGCUUUUCAAGAGUGAUUUAGUUAAAAAUUACAUUAUCGAAGAAGAUAAGUGCAUAGAUGUUGAGAUUGAAGAAUGGAAAGUUGAAAAUAAUAAAUGGACAAGAGCGCAGAGUUUUAUAAAACCAUUAAAUAAUUCCAUAGAUGAAUGUUCACAUUUUGAUGAUUAUAUUACUAAUGUAUCUACCACUACGACACCUGAUGUGCCAUCUGGAAACAGUUUUUGUAUAAAGACUAGAACAUGUAUCAUGUGGGCAGGCACAAAUGAAUCCAGAAUAAUCGUUACUUGUGCUAUAGAAUGGUCAAAGUCAAGCUGGCUGAAAGGACCGAUUGAAAAGGCUUGCAUUGAAGGACAACGAUCGCAUUGGAAGAACGUUUCACAAGUUGCAAAGAAAUAUAUUGCAGCUCACCUCUCAGAGUUUAUAGAUCAAUCAGGAACUACAGUUCAAGAAGAAGACGACAUUGAUUCUGAAGUAGCAAGUGAAAAGGCAACACCUCUAAAGAAAACGCACACUCGUUUACGACCAUCGCCUACGGCAGAAGAAGUACUAGAUUCACAAGAAACUGAUCCAGUGAUAGUGCAACAACAUGUGAAAGAUAUUCCAAAUAUAAUGUCUUCGAUCAUUACUUCAUUGAUUCAAAUUACCACAAUACCCUUUAAAAAUAUAAUAAUAUUGUUAAUACUAUUUAUGCUAGUAGUUAGUAAUUUUAACAAUUGGUUAGCGCUUCGAGACAUUGGACAUAGGCUUGAUAGUUUAGAUAGUAGUCAACCUCGUUUCGGUUACAGCGGGAGAGGUGGUGAUUUUUUAUAUGAAUCUCGUAAACAUAAUGGACACAUGCCAUUAUUUGAUGGGCGUAUUGAAAAUGAAGACGACACUCUUUGGAAAUGGUUACAAGAAAAAUCAAACAUGUAUGAAGAAAUCGAUAGAAAGGACGGUUCAUUUUACACAUCAACAUCAGAACCGAUAUCAUCUAAGGUUCAUUCGACUCCACCACAUGAUAGUAGUAGUGGUUCACAACCAAGACCAAUUUCUUCACAGGGUCUAUAUGAACAAAUGGAAAAUUUGCACAGGUUGAUACAAACAGCUGAAGAACAAGCAAAAAAAUUGGUAGACGCUGCCGAAUUUGAAAGUACUUAUUAUUAUAAGGAUUCUGAAGAUAAGAGGAGCGGGCGACAUUAUGGAAAUGAAUAA